CUCGGGCCGGCACGCUGCAGGCGUCGGUGGAGUCCCUCCUGCAGUCCCUGCCCAUCUAUGUCGGCGACUGUCGAGGUCUCGACGCCCACGGACCUCAGCUUCCAGUUCCACCACCUCCACGUCUACGUCGAGCGCGACUCGCUCCGGCCGCUCGCCGAUUACAAGAAGCUCGAGAGCCAGCUCAACGCGCUGGCGUCGCGCGGCUCCUUCGAUCCCUUCUCGGGCGGCAUGCGCUUUCUUCCCGCGGGCGCGCUGCCCGCGCGCGUCGAGGAGGGCAGGCAGAUCUGGAACCAGCUGGUCGAUCCCGCUGACCGCCGCGACGAGGCCGAGUAUGCCUCGGCAGGUCAGGACUUUGUCGAGCAACUCCUGGUCGGACUGGGCUGGCGCGUGACGGCCGAGUACGUUGGUCCCACCACGCGCUCCGUGCUCGUCACCUCGGCCGACCCGUGCGGCGUCAAGUUCUGCGUCACGUGCGCACUGGUGGGCGGCGACGACGCGGACGAGCCGUACGACCACUUCCGUCGCUCUCACGUCGAGCGCUUCCUCACGGCGCACGGCGGCCGGCCCGGCAUCGCCGCGCUCGGCUUCGAGGUGGCCGAGGAAGGCGGCGUCGAGGCGAUCCUGGCGCAGUACCGAAAGAGGCACCCGGCGCUGCUCGUGUGGCACGCCGGCGCGCACGCCGGCGCGCCGAGCAGCGACGUGACGACCGGCAAGCGGGCUCGUGUCGACUGGACCCUCACCUACACCGACGUGCGCAAGGUGCAGGCGCCCGCAGCCUCGUCCGCCGCCGCCGCCAAGCCCGCGGCGGAGCUCGAGCUCGGUCGCAUGCGGAUCGGCGAGGUUUUCGCCUUCUACACGGCGGAUGGUGCGGCCGCCGACGACGGGACGGUCCUCCGCUUCGUGGAGCGCGCAGGCACGUUCGCCUCGAGCCCCGGCUUUGCGAACCCGGAGGGGGUGCUUCCCGGCCUCGCCGACGCGGCGCCGGUCUUCGACGGCACCUCGAUCCCCGCCUACUCGGACCACUGGGCGAGUAGCGUGAGCAACGUGCUCGACCGUGAGGGCUUCCUGCGCACGCUCGAGGAGGCACUCGGCUUCACGCCGAAGGUCGACUUCAACGCGGGCGUCGUCGCGGCAGGCGAGGCGCGCAUCGAGAGCACGGUGACGGGCAACACGUCGCGACGCCUCGCCGUCUCGGGCGCCGACGCGCUCGUCAACCAGAGCCAGGUGUACCUGCCGAUCAACAACGCGCUCUCGCCGGUCGGCCACGUGCACGGCUUCCUGCAGGAGAUCGGGCAGGGCAUCCAGCACGUCGCCUCGCGCGUUGACGACCUCAAGGCGUUCAUCGAGCGCGUCAACAACUACCGGCUCAUCACCGGCCGAGGCUUCACCUUCCUGAACAUCCCGCGCUCCUACUACGGCCGCCUCGACGCGCCGCUCCUCGCAAAGCACACGACGUGCUCCGCCGUGCUGCGCGAGGCUGUCUGCGCCGCGCUGGUCACGGCGGGGCUCCUCUCGACGACUGGAAUCCUCGACCUCGAGGCGGCGACGGAGCGGCUCCGCGCGGCGCUCGCCGGCGCCGCCCUGCCCGUGGGCCUGGCCGAGGAGCGCGACGCGAAGCUGGAGGAGAUCGUGGCGACGGUGCGGCUCUCGCGCUACUCCAACCUGCACUCGCUCCUUCGCGACCACCUGCAGGAGGAGGAGUACCUGCAGAUCGUGCGAAACAAGAUCCUCGUCGACAUCCAGGGCAGCGACAUCCUCUACCAAAUCUUCACCGCGAACAUCCUGCAGCGCCGGCCCGGCGACGAGGCGCCCUUCCUCGAGUUUAUCCAGCGCGUCUGCGCAGACACGCGCUGCAAGGCACCGCACGAGGCGUGCAGCAAGCCGAUCCGUCCCGGAUGCGGCGGCUUCGGGAUCCGGAACUUUUUGACCCUCUUCCUCUCGAUCGAGGUGAGCAAGGCGAUGCGCGAGCUCGCCGACGCCGAGGAGGCGGCCGACGCGGCGGGCUGCGAGCUCGCCCGCCGGAAGAUCGAGCUGUUCACGGAGCAGCUGGACGCGAGCAACCCGAUCCUCACCGACAUCUCCGACGCGAUGACCAGCGAGGGGGAGUGCCUCGACCAGCUUGCCAUAAGCACAGGGUCUGCGUCAGACAAGGCGCUUCUGCGCGCCAGGGCCGACGAGAUGCGCGCAAAGAAGGAGGCGGGCAACGCCAGGCUGCAAGAGGUGUCGACACAGUACGCCACGCUGAUGAAGUCUCUUCGCGCGUGAAGGCCUCUCGUCUCGCCCUGCGCGUCUGCUCCGCCUCCCUCCCCGUCAUCUGCCCUGCGUCGUCUGGCGACUGGUUCCAUAGUCGGUUGAGGUCGCCGCCCUCCUCGUGCCUCUUGUCUUCCCAACGUUCCCUCAGCGGCCGAUGCCGUCUGCUCCGACUCCCCCCCGUCCAGUAUCCAUGUUAAAUAAAUAAAUAAAAACGGACA